UUUGUGCUGUGAACCACCAUGGCCUGUUGCCCUGUCAUGAAGUUUCUUCUCCCAAGAGGCCUGGGACUCUGAUGUGUCGGGCUGUAUCACCCAGAAACUCAGUACAGGACCUGCCAGAGGCCAGGCUGACUCUAGGCUUUGGUUCAUCGGUUGUGAAUCUGGAAAGCUCAGAACGUUAGGUUUAAUGCUUAUAAUACGUGACACAAGACUGAAGCUAUGCUAUUUUCUCUAAAAUUCCGUGUGUUUAUUAUGUCUCAGCUUUACGACAGCUACAGGCCAGGUGGGAGGGAGAGGCUGGCUGCUGAGCCCUGCCAAGAGGGCGGCACCUGGAAGGCAGGUGUUUCUAGUCUUUCCUCCAGGGAAGACCUGUGCAAAGUGGCUCAUGCCCAUAAUCUCAGCCCUUGGGGAGGCUGAGGCGGGACUACUCAAAAAUGCGACUGUUUUGAAAAACCAAGACAAAGGUCCCAGAGUCGGGCAAGGACUUAGCUGAGGGGCUGCAGGUAACUCACUUUUCUCCCCAAACCAGGGCCGUGUGAGCCUAGCUCAGGCGCUCUCUCCCUGCAGGGCCUCGACUAUGUUGCGCAGGUUGGGCUGCGCGCUGUUCUGCAGCCUCGUGGCAUUGCUGCUCUGCUGCCUUCUCUUUCUGAAGGGGCGCACACCAGCAGUGAGCUCCAAGGUCCACCAGCACCCAAGGGCACUGCCAAGGCCCCGGUACAGCCAGUGCUCGCCCAACCCAGCAAUUGCUAAGGCCUCCCUGUCCCUGCCCAGCCGCCAUCGCCUCUUCCUGACCUAUCGACACUGCCGGAACUUCUCCAUCUUGCUGGAGCCUUCCGAGUGUGCCAGGGACACCUUCCUGCUCCUGGUCAUCAAGUCACAGCCUGGCCAUAUCGAGCAGCGUGCGGCCAUUAGGAGCACUUGGGGCCGGGCUGGGAGCUGGGUCAGGGGCCGGCAGGUGAAGCUGGUGUUCCUCCUGGGGGUGGCAGGGCCUGUACCCCCAGCCCAGCUGCUGGCCUAUGAGAGUUUGCAGUUCGAUGACAUCCUGCAGUGGAACUUUGCCGAGGACUUCUUCAACCUGACACUCAAGGAGCUGCAUGUGCAGCGCUGGAUGGCUGCCGCCUGCACACAGGCCCACUUCAUACUGAAGGGGGACGAUGACGUCUUCAUCCAUGUCCCCAAUGUGCUCGAGUUCCUGGAGGGCCGGGAUCCUGCCCAGGACCUCUUAGUGGGCGAUGUCAUCUACCAGGCCCGGCCCAACAGGAACACCAAGGUCAAAUACUUCAUCCCAUUCUCCAUGUACAGGGCCCGCCACUAUCCACCUUAUGCAGGAGGAGGUGGCUAUGUUAUGUCCCAGGCUACUGUGAGGCGUCUUCACACAGCCAUGGAAAAGGCAGAACUCUUCCCCAUUGAUGAUGUCUUUGUGGGGAUGUGCCUGCAAAAGCUGGGGGUGAGCCCCAUACACCAUGCUGGCUUCAAGACGUUUGGAAUCCAGCAGCCCCUGAACUGGGACCCUUGCUUGUACAGAGGACUCCUGCUGGUGCACCGUCUCAGCCCCCUGGAGAUGUGGAACAUGUGGGCACUGGUGACAGAUGAGGGGCUCACAUGUGCAGCGACCCCCCAGCCUAGCCCUGAGGGGUGGGUUGAGCAACAGCUUUAGAGUAGCUGCUGACUCCUGUACCAGGAGAAACAGAUCAGUCCCUGCUGCUCAGCAGGAAAUGAACUCAUUUUUAUAAUGAGUGCCACCAACCUUUCCUGAUUCAUAGUGCUGCAACCCGGCAAACUUGUGGAGCAUGUGCUGACUGGGAGUGGAUGCUGCCGGAAGGCCAGGGCCCCCACAACUCCUACCACCUAGGCAGUGAAGGAAAGACGCUGCAUCAUGACUUUUUU